AUGGAACUCUUAGGUACAUUUUACUUAUUAAAAGCUGUUGUGCGGUGUGCAAGCCACCAUUUCACUAUUGCUAUAAACAAUGGUCGUUAUUGGUUUUAUUAUGAUGAUCUCUGUAGUGCAGUUCAGCAAUAUGCUACAUUUCAAGAUAUUUUGAAUGUUUACGCCAAUGGAUGGUAUUUUGCUGUUUAUGAAAGCUCUGUUGAUAACAUUAUUAAUAUACAUCAAGGCAUUGAUUCCUGUACAUUAAUGCCAGACCAUUCUUAUUCAAAAUUAGAGGAUAAAGAACGCCAAGCCUGUGAUGAUUUUGGGAAAGAAGUUUGCACACCCAGAAAAGCGACAAAGACCAGAAACAAAUACUGACAAAUUGAUAGAUAGAAAAAAAAAAGCUGAACUUAAAUGUAGUAAAUCCACAUUUGAAGAAUUACAAAAUUGCUAAAAAAGCCAAAGAGACAGAGAGUGAAAAACUUUCUAGACAAAAAAAAAAAAAAAAGAAUAUAUGAGGGCAUACAGAAGGAAAAUAAAGGAUUAUGAGACAGGGGGGAGGAGAAGCAAGCACGAUUGAUAAAACAAAAUGUGCAAAAGUGGAACUCUAGACAGAAAAAAGGAAGACAAUACAUUUGAUGUAAUUAAACCAGUAGGAAAAUUUACAGCUAAAAAAGCCAAAGAGACAGAGAGUGAAAAACUUUCUAGACAAAAAAAAAAAAAAAAAGAAUAUAUGAGGGCAUACAGAAGGAAAAUAAAGGAUUAUGAGACAGGGGAGGAAAAGCAAGCACAAUUGAUAAAACAAACUGUGCAAUUUAAGUGGAACUCUAGACAGAAAAAGGAAGACAAUACAUUUGAUGUAAUUAAACCAGUAGGAAAAUUUACAGCAUGGCAAAAAGUAGAUAAACCACUGCAUAAUGUUGACAAAGAAGCAUAUUUAUCUCAAUUUGACAGUAUAAACACUGGACCAAUUCAUGUACAGAAGUGGGCUAUCAAAAACAUGGAAGACUUUCAUAAUUCACUUAAAUUCAAAAUUUAUAUGUGUGAAGUUUGCCAUGAGGCAUGGCCAUUAUCAUCAAAAGGCAAAAAGAGAUCUCCUUAUAUGUGUUCAAGAUGUUCACGUGACAAGAAUGGAGUGAAAAAAUUUUCAUCUCAGAAUGGAAUGAUUCCUUCACAAGUCCCAAAUGAAUUGCAAGGUUUAACGCAAUUAGAGGAAAUGUUAAUAGCUCGUGUUUUCCCAGUAAUUUCUGUUUAUACAAAACCAGGUGGACAAAAAGCAUAUAAAGGUCAUUGUAUUAACUUCUCUCAAGAUAUCCAAGAGUUAGCCAAUUCAUUGCCAAGAAACCUAAGUGAAAUGCCAGUAAUAGUUGUGUCAGUCAAAGGCAAAGAUAAUACUUAUAAAGAUCUCACUGUGAGGCGUGAAAAGGUCAGCUGUGCUCUGCACUGGUUAGUUCAACAUAACCCUGUAUAUAAGGAUAUCACUAUUGAUUAUGAAUUGUUGGCUUUCUUGCCUUCUGAUGGCAUUCCCACUGAGCUGCGUAAAAUUUAUUGUACUGAGAACAGUAAAGAUGAUGAAAUUGAUCCAGACAGAGGUCCUCUUGAUGAAAUACCUUUCAAUGAAGACACAGAAUUGAGUAGCACAAUUCUUAACCCUGUACAACUAAAGCCACAGAAGCAGCUGAUAAAAGAUGAGUUAUUACAAAACAGUAAAAUCAAUUGGCCUAAUAGGAAUUCAAGUCCUCUCAAUGAGUUUAAAAUUGAAUAUUUAGCUACUAUGGCAUUUCCUACUUUGUUCCCAGAUGGCAAAGGAGAUCCUACUAACAGUGCUACAAUGCGUGAUGUGACCCUUGGAGAUAAAAUAAAACAUUUGAUUAAAUUUGCUGAAUAUAAUAAUGGUAAAUGGGCUUAUAGGUUUGCAAGUCACCCACGGUUUGCUUAUUGGGCAUUCAACAUGAUUCAGAGGCACAGACUCCUUAGUCAGGGAAAUAUUUUUUAA